CAGUGCGUCUGAUGUCCAGUCCCUGAAUGCUGCCAAUAUCUGUGAAGAUGAACUGAAGUCACAUUACGAUGAGACAGGUAGCUUUGUACAGAUGAACCCAUGGUGUGAUGAUGUCAUAAAACACAUUGCAGAGAUAUACAUCAAGCAGCAUCAUGGGGAAUGUAUCUGAAGGAGCUUAAGCCUCUGCAGAGGCUGAACUUGAUGGACUGCUUAUUGAAUGGAAAGGACAUGGUACAUGUUGCUGAGUCACUCAAGAAUCUACUCAAUUUGGUUUCAUUGGAUGUUUCUUGUAAUAACCUUGGUGGUACAGCCGCAUCAUUGGUAAUGCGUCUGAAGGAGCUCAAGCCCCUGCAGAGGCUGAACUUGAGGAACUGCUCAUUGAAUGGACAGGACAUGGUACAUGUUGCUGAGUCACUCAGGGAUCUACCCAACUUGGCUUCAUUGGAUGUUUCUUGUAAUAACUUUGGUGGUACAGCAGCAUCAUUGGGAAUACAUCUGAAAGAGCUCAAGCCCGUGCAGAGACUGAACUUGAUGGGCUGCUCAUUGAAUGGAAAGGACAUGGUACAUGUUGCUGAGUCACUUAAGGAUCUGCCCAAUUUGGUUUCAUUGGAUGUUCCUGGUAAUAACCUUGGUGGUACAGCAGCAUCAUGGGGAAUGCAUCUGAAGGACCUCAAGCCCCUGCAGGAGCUGGACUUGGGGGACUGCUCAUUGAAUGGAAAGGACAUGGUACAUGUUGCUGAGUCACUCAAGGAUCUACCCAAUUUGGUUUCAUUGCACGUUUCUUGUAAUAACCUAGGCGGUACAGCAGCGUCAUGGGGAAUGCGUCUGAAGGAGCUCAAGCCCCUGCAGGAGCUGAACUUGUUCAACUGCUCAUUGAAUGGACAGGACAUGGCACACGUUGCUGAGUCAGUCAAGAAUCUAUUCAAUUUGGUUUCAUUGAUUGUUUCUUAUAAUUACCUUGGUGGUACAGCAGCAUCAUGGGGAAUGUAUUUGAAGGAGCUCAAGCCCCUGCAGAGGCUGAAGUUGGUUCGCUGCUCAUUGAAUGGACAGGACAUGGUACAUGUUGCUGAGGCACUCAGGGAUCUACCCAAUUUGGCUAGAUUAGACGUUUCUGGUAAUAACCUUGGUGGUACAGCAGCAUCAUGGGGAAUGUUUCUGAAGGAGCUCAAGCCCCUGCAGGAGCUGGACUUGAGUAGCUGCUCAUUGAAUGGACAGGACAUGGUACAUGUUGCUAAAUCACUCAAGGAGCUGCCCAACUUGGUUUCACAGAUCGUUUCUGGUAAUACAGACCUGGCUGGUACAGCCACUUCAUGGUGCUUGUAUUUGAAACAUGCAAAGGCCCUGAGGAAGCUGGAUCUCAGGUACUGUUGGCCGACAGAGGAGGAUAAGAAACACAUUCAUGAUGUUCUGAGUAACCUAGAUGAAUUGCUCCUUUAUCGCUAGGGGAUAUUGGUUGGUGAUUGACAGGAGAAGCUGGAUUUUUUCUAUAAAUUUCAAUGACAAGUAGAUACAAGUAUGAAAUACCAUACAAGCAGGGUUUGU